GAGAGCAGUAGAGGGCGGAAGCACAGUUAGUGCAGGAUGCGGUUCCUGGUUGCGUUGAUCGUGCUGAGCGUCGUAGUGGCGGACCUACCGCUAGAAAACUCUAGCCAGUCGCAGCCUCAGGCUACGGGAGACGGCUCUAGCAAGGGGAAGUCCCAGGUGCAGUCCACAGAAGAUGACUCUAACAAGGAGAAGCCCCAGCUUCAGUCCACGGGAGUUAACUCUAACAAGAAGUCUCAACUGCAGUCCUCGGGAGACGGCUCUAGCAAGGUGAAUCCACAGCCACAGUCCACGGGAGACGGCUCUAGCAAGGUGGAUCCCCAGCCACAGUCCACGGAAGAUGGCUCUAGCAAGGUGGAGUCUCAGCCACAGUCCGUGGGAGACAGCCCUAGUAAGGUAAAGCCCCAACCGCAGUCCACAGGACAGGGCUCCAGCAAGCAGAAGCCCCAGUCCCAGACAACGGGAGAUGACCCUAGCAAGGAGAAGCUGCAGCAGCAGUCCUUGAACUCCAACAAGCUGGUCUCCAACCCCUCCUCUGAUAACAAGGAACCCACCAAUCCUGACUUAAACAUACCAGCUGACAAAGAUACCUCUCUGCAUGCUUCUAGAGGUGAAUCUGGGGAGACAGUAUUACUGGACUCUGACCCCACUUCUCCACAGCAGGAGAGAGAAGGUAAGUCUUCAGAGCUUACAGAAGAUGUGGAGCCCAAGAAGGCUGAGGAAGGCGAUACAGAGCCUGAAGGUUCACCGCCCCAAGAAGAGAAAGAGAUGCCCGGCCUUGCCUCCAGUGAGAACCGUGAAGGAACACUUUUGGAUUCCAUGGGUAGGGAGAAUGAUGACCUUUAUAAAGACAGUCUUGGAAGUGCCAGUGCAGAGAGCAGCCACUUCUUUGCAUAUCUGGUGACCGCAGCCAUACUUGUUGCUGUCCUCUAUAUUGCCUAUCACAACAAGCGGAAGAUUAUUGCUUUUGUGCUAGAAGGAAAAAGAUCUAAAGUUACUCGACGGCCAAAGGCCAGUGAUUACCAGCGUUUGGACCAGAAGAUUUGAUUUCUGUGUUCUUGAGAACUUUGUCCUCCCUGCUGAUUUGUUUUUAAAUCAA